UACGAUUUCAAGAACUGGUUUAUGAAACGUAUAGUGAUAUUCUCUGUGAAAUGAUUAUGACCUUAUUCUGCGAAAGUGCGGUUCUAACAUGAAAUUCGUUAAUUAGAGGAAAAAACUUAUUUUCCCAUGACAGGCCUUCUAUAUAUUUACACGCCCUCAUUUUAACAUUUCUAUUAACUUUUGGUCAACCAAAGUGAGAACAAAGGAAAUCUAGACUUGUUAGCGUGAAAUGCGUAAUUUUUACAAGAGUGAAAUUGCCGCUCGAAGAAACAAACCAAAAUGGCAACCAAGUGCGUGUGUGUUUCCGAUUAUCAAAUCGAAAAGACUAUUGGCAAGGGUAAUUUUGCAGUGGUGAAGCUCGCAACACACACAAUAACAAAAUCCAAGGUUGCUAUUAAAAUAAUUGACAAAACUAAAAUCGAUGCAGAAAACCUGAGAAAAAUUUUACGGGAGAUAGAGAUCCUCAAGAAGCUGAGGCACCCAUAUAUCAUCCGCCUUUAUGAAGUUAUGGAAACAGAGCGCAAGAUCUUUUUGGUCACAGAAUAUGCCAGCUACGGGGAGUUAUUUGACUAUGUUGUAAAUAAUGGGAGGAUGAUAGAAAAAGAAGCAAGAACCAAAUUCAUGCAGAUUGUUGCAGCUCUGCGCUAUUGUCACAAACGUGGGAUUGUCCACAGAGAUCUCAAAGCUGAAAAUUUACUCUUAGAUAAAGAUCUUAAUAUCAAGCUGGCAGACUUUGGCUUCAGUAAUUUCUAUACUCCUGGUGUUUUAUUAUCAACAUGGUGUGGCUCACCUCCUUAUGCUGCUCCAGAACUUUUUGAAGGCAAAGCAUAUGAUGGCCCAAAGGCAGAUAUAUGGAGUUUGGGAGUUAUAUUGUAUGUUCUGGUGUGUGGUUACCUGCCUUUUGAUGCAAAUACCCUGCAGACCCUACGAUCAAUUGUUGUAGCAGGGAAAUUUAGAAUACCUUUCUUCAUGUCUGCAGAAUGUGAGAAUCUGAUAACAAAGAUGCUGCAAGUGGAUCCAGACAGAAGAUUAAGUAUAGAAAGGAUAAUGCAGCAUAAAUGGAUAACACAGGAAAGUCUUGAUCCAAGAAUUGAUGAAGUGUUACAGCAUUACAAUACUCCAGAGAGUGACAAUCCCCCUCCUGACAAUGCUCAAGUAAUAGAGCACAUGACACACAAUAUUCCUAGCCUCGAUAGGGAGAAAAUCCUUCAGUCCGUGCAUGGGGCAAGGUUUGAUCGUAUUAGUGCCAUAUAUAAUCUUCUUGAGGAACAACUGAUAGAAUCAGCUGCAUCUUCCCCAUCGAUAGCCUUGUACCCACAGCCACUCCCAGUUGUUCCCACACAUCACAGAAAGUCAUCCAUUACCACAGGUUUUGUAGACAGAAGUCCAGUGUCAGACACUGAAGAACCUGCACAAGCUGUACCACUCUUCCCUUGUUCCCCCCUUCCUCCCAACCCACCCAUUGCCUACGACCCUUUCCAGGCCUCUUCCUCUUUUGAGAAGUAUGGUGAGCCUGAUGUAAGUGGAGAAUCUGACAAUGAUGAACCCAACCAGCGGUCUGUGGAUCAGUAUCGGCACUCUAGGAGACACACAGUUGGUCCAGGAGACACUCAUCAUGAAGAGGUGAGAGGUCAGCUCCAGUUAUUUGGCCCAGGGGGAUGUGUUGUGGGUACCCACCAACAACCACCAGUGUCCAUCUUGCCCCAGACCAAUCUUCCACAGAACCUUCCUCUGGUGCAGGAUUUGCCUCCACAGAACUUCUCAACAAAAGAUCAACAUCUGUUGAAACCACCUCCAUGCAUGGGUACUGGCAGUGGCUUAGGAAGACGUGCAUCGGAUGGAGGGGCCAAUCUACAAAUGUACUUCCAGCGCCAGUUUGAAGGAGGUUGGAGUCAUCCUAAUAGUCAAGAACAAAUUACACAGAUGGGACUUGGGGUAAGAGGGAUGGGUGGCCACUCGCAGCCUCUGCCUCAACAGGACGAUGAGCAAAUUGUUGUGCACAAAGAUGAGAUUGAUCCUUUAGACGUUGCUAAGUACAUAUCGGGCAGAGGUGGUAGUCAGAGAGAGCCUGUGGGCAAAAUGUUCAGGAGGCUCAGAGAAAGAUGGAACGGCGCCCAAUCAGAUUCAAAGGAGAACAGGCCUUCUCACUGUGACUGA